AUGAGUGAAAAAAGUCGAAUAUCAAAUGAGACAAUUGCUCAAGUAUCACAGCCUCUGCAUCCCACAACAUCACCGGAUUUUUCAGAUAUUGUGCAUGGAGAAGAUCUCGAGAUUCGGCGAGCAACUAUGGAUCAUGCAUUCCCGAUUACACACAAGAUAGAAGCUCUAGGUCACGUAUCGCCUCCAUGGAUACUAUCUCAAUGCUCAGCUAGUCAACUCAUUACACUAGCAGGAGCAGCAUCAGGGUUUCUUGCUGGGGUCGUUGUUUGUCCAUUGGACGUUAUCAAGACUAAACUUCAAGCACAAGGUGGAAGUGGAAGUGGAAGUGGAAGUGGCGGUAAAGGUGAAGGUGGUGGUGGUGGUAGUGCUGGACGUCAAGUGUUGGGGUUUCGAGAUACAUUAAAAAUGAUAUUGCGCACUGAGGGUAUUAGAGGCUUAUAUCGAGGUUUGGUUCCAAUCACGAUUGGGUACCUACCCACAUGGACGAUAUAUUUCACGGUUUACGAAGAAACAAAGGACUUUUAUCCUCGGUAUUUCUCAGAGCAUUGGGGGAUCUACAAUCCAUCAAUGAACCAUUUCUUUGCUGCAAUAACUGCCGGACUGGCCAGUUCAAUAGCAGUGAAUCCAAUAUGGGUAGUCAAAACAAGGCUAAUGGUUCAAACUAGCGGGAAACCAAUAUCCGCUCAAGAUGUCAAGUACAAAGGUACAAUUGAUGCAUUUAAAAAGAUGUACAGGGAAGAGGGAAUACGCGUGUUUUAUAGUGGAUUAGUUCCAUCGUUAUUUGGCUUGUUGCAUGUGGGUAUUCACUUUCCAGUAUAUGAAAAACUAAAAAGUUGGCUACAUUGUAGCACAAUAGAUCAGCAGCAUGAAGUGCCGGGAUUGCUAUGGAGAUUAAUUGCAGCUUCUUCCUUAUCCAAGAUGUUGGCUAGUACAAUAACGUACCCACAUGAAAUUCUUCGAACUAGAAUGCAAAUGCGGCACAAUAUACACACUAACAAACAAUCAACUAAUACUACUUUUACCAGAGUAUCGCUAUUGAAAAUCAUAUCCAAAAUAUACCAUGGUGAAGGAUUGAAAGGGUUUUACGCAGGUUAUUUUACAAACUUGGCCAGAACGGUGCCCGCAAGCGCCGUCACUUUGGUUAGCUUUGAAUACUUUAAAACAUAUCUAUUAGACAUAAGUGGGAAAAGCCGAAAGUUGAAAAAUUGA